CUCGCCUCGACAUGGCCCAACAGGAAUCCCAACGCCCUACCCCCGCCGCUGCUCACUUCGCCGCCAGCGCCGAAGGUGCUUCCGUGCACACCACCCUCUAUAGUGGCCGGAAGGCUCCCCACAAACUGCAUAUCCUCGUCGUCGGAUGCGGCAUGGGCGGGCUCGCCGCUGCGCACUGUCUCGGGAAGGCAGGACACAAGAUAACGCUCUUCGAGUCCGCCCCCGCCAUCGGUGAAGUCGGCGCCGGCAUCCAGGUGACCCCGAACGUCUCACGGUUGCUUCAACGCUGGGGUGCGGGAGCAGCGCUCGAAGCUGUAGGCGUACGCCCAGAUGCGAUCGUGCUCAGACGGUACAACACGGGCGAGCGCGUGGGCUACACGAGUUGGACGAACAUGGAGGAGAAGUACGGUGCGCCAUACUACCACGUCCACCGCGCGGACCUGCACAAGCUCCUGUUCGACCUCGCCGCGCCCUUCAUGACGCUUCGCCUCCAGUCUACCGUCGUGAGCGUUGACCCGGACGCGCCGUCGCUUACGCUCGCUUCUGGCGAAGUCGUUCAUGGAGACCUGGUCCUUGGGGCGGACGGUAUAAAGAGUACGAUCCAGCAGGUAGUUCUCGGGCAUACCAACCCUGCUGACCCGACGGGAGACGCUGUUUACCGCGCGAUUGUGCCCUCACACCUUCUGCUGAACGACCCGGAGCUGAAGGAGCUCAUCGAAGUUCCGGAGAUGACGGGCUGGAUGGGUCCCCAGCGACACAUCAUGGCAUAUAAUAUCAGAGGGAAGAAAGAGUACAACGUCGUCCUGAUACAUCCGGACGACGGAUCUGUGGAGUCGUGGACCGCCGAGGGCAGCGCCGAUAAGAUGCGUGCCGAAUUCGCAGAUUAUGAGCCCCGGAUUCGCAAAAUCCUUAGCUUCGUGCAGUCCACGCUCAAAUGGCGACUAAUGGAUCGCAAGCCGUUGAAGACAUGGAUUCAUCCGUCCUUCCGCGUCGUCCUACUCGGUGACGCCUGUCAUCCGAUGCUGCCGUACCGCGCGCAAGGCGCCGCGAUGGCGAUCGAGGACGCCGCCGUGCUCGGCAACCUCCUCUCGCGCCUCGAGCACCCCUCUCAGCUCAGCGCCCUCCUCCAGGCGUACCAAGACCUGCGCCUCCCGCGCACAGCAGAGACGCAGAACCAGUCGCGCCUGAACCAGAAGAUCUUCCACCUCCCCGACGGUCCGGAGCAGGAGCGUCGCGACGCGGACAUGCGCAAGGCGACGGAGAUCGAGCUGCGGCGCUUGCGCGAGGGCGCGGCGAAGCCCGCGGACGCGCUCGAGGGCAGCGCGAACCAGUGGGCGGACGAGAAGAAGAGCAUGGCGCAGUUUGCGUACGACGCGGACGAGGCUGCGGAGGCGUGGUACCGGGAGGGCGGCGACGGGAAGCUGCAGGAGGCGUUGGCUGGUGCUGGCGGCUCCCGUGUGCAGCUGUCGCGUUUGUGAGUAUUGAUUGCUGUUCUAUUCGCCUCAGUGCUUGCCCCCCUCAUACUGCCUUCCACUCUUUCUUCACUCGAUUUCCCGUACCGCGGCCGCGUUGCUACUCACGAGACUGGAAUAGACUGUAGGAGUAUAUGGUAUUAAUUUAUAUCUUGGCCGUUCCUUACGACAAGGUAUUCAGGGACGAUGAAUUGGAAUAUGG